UAGUAUUAUUUAAACUUUUUCUCUUUUACGUGUAAUGUUAUUAUCUAAGAUAUAUAUAUAAAUAAAUACACUAUAUUUUUAAAGACGCAUAUUUCUUUUCAUUACAUUGAUAUACAUACUUCAAUAUCUUCAAAAUGAACGAACAAAAAGAAAAGAAAAUAUUGUUUAAUAAAUCGACACUAUUAAGCUUGAAGGCAGAAUUACUUAAAAAACAAGAAGAAAUACAAGAAAAGAAACAUCUACCCCAACACAAUUUAGAAAACUUUAAACCUUCGCAAUCUGAAAAUAAAAAGAAUAAAAUCGAAGGAAAUAACCCAACAAAAAAAAGUUUAAAAGAUAAUUUGAGAGCUGUAGAUGCUGAAGAGUUUGAGGCUUGUCGAAGGUCAAAAUCUGCAUUGGAAAAGAAAGCUGAAUUAUAUAAGCAUUUAACUGAAGGUGCAGGUAACUCACAACUAGCUAGUAAUUUCUUGGUUGACUUCAAGGGGAAGAAACAAGAAGCUCUAUCAAAAUCUGAACCCAAAUUGGAAGAAUUGGAAAAAAUACUUCCAUUUGAAGAUGAUGAUAGUCAAUGGACUGAAUUUACUGACUUCCUCGGCAGAACACGCAAAUGUCUUAAAUCUGAUUUGGAGCAUUAUCGGAAGAGAGAUGAGGAACUCAUGAAGGCAAUGACUAAUGCAACUAAGGAUGAAGAGUUGGAUAAAGAGGCACCAGAACCACCCCAACAGCCAGAAAAACCAUUUUUAGUGCAAAAGACAAAUGACUACCUACAGUCAUUGCGGGAUAAAUGGGAACAGCAAGAGAGAGAGCUGUUAGCUAAGGAAAAAGAUAUCCAUUACCAAGAUAUACUUUUUGAUGAGGCGAGAAUUCAUGGUGUUGGCUAUUACGCCUUUAGUACUGACGAAACAGAGCGCCGUAAGCAAAUGGAAGAGCUUGUAAAGCGAAGGCAGGAUACCUUGCGGGCUCAAGAGCAAGCAGAGGAGAUACGAAAAAAACGCGACGAACUAAUAGCGGCAAGGGUUGCAGCUGCGCGUGCUCGACAGAGAGCUAGAGCUGGCUUACCACCUGAAGAUCCCGAAGAAAAGAAAAAAGAUUUUACGACGUGUUUGUUGGAGUUUCUUACAAAACAAAAAACUGAAGCUGAUAAGAAAGCCAAAGAAGAAGAAGAAAAGAAAAGAGAAGAAAAAGAGAAAGAAAGGCAAAAGUUUCGUGAAGCUUAUAUACGCGAAUGGGAUGUUGGAAAAGAAGGUACUAAUAGUAAUGUGAAAAAGUUUAGAGAAAUGACACAGGAAGAAUAUGUCGAACAACAAAGAUCAAAGCGAAAUGAUGAUUUUGCCCCUCCACAAACAGCAAACUCUGUUAAAUCAAAGUACAGCUUUGAUACACGAGGCAACAAAGUAGACUCGGAGACUACCAAGAAUAAAUCUUGGUCAGAUGUAAGACCAGUAAAUAUACCUUCACCUCCAAUUAUCGGUGAUAUUAGUGCAACACAAAAGGGACUGUAUUUUUCGACCAAAAAAGACGAAAUAGUUGUCAAAUAUAAAAAUUUCGUGAGAGCUGAGGAACCUAUCCCUAUAAACAAUGAAUUAAGUGAUGAAGAAGAUUCUGGUAUGGAAAGAAAUAUGACUGAAAAGAGAAAAUGUGAUUCCGGUUGUAUUGAAGUAGAACCACCUCCCACAUAUGAAUACUAUGGUCCUACUUCAAAACAAACCAGAAGAGAAAAACCUUUUACAUCUGAUUUAAAAGAAGCAAUGGCACAAGGAUCUAAGAGCUUAGAACCCAAAGAGAGUACUAGGCAAUUACCAAAAUGUUAUGACUUUACUUUUGAAUAAUCAUGAGAAAGAAUAGGUUUAUGAACUAGGUUAAAUAAAAAGACUAAUUAAAUUA